CCGGAUUGGAUAGCACGGCGGCAAUUCGAAGCAUUUCGCGGCAGCGUUGCAUCAUGGCCGUGGGUGUGUUCCUCCGCCGAGACGCCGAGGACGGAAAAGUCGGUCUACGGCGAGCCUCCAACACAUGCAUCCGUCUUGAGCCCAGUGCGAUGUCUCCUGGUGUUGCAAGCAUCAACUUUGAUGCAGUCGUGGAGACGAAUGAUCCCACUGCGGAAUUGUUCGACCAAAUUGUGCAACCGAGUCUACCGCUUGUAUGCGAAGGCCGUAGCGUGUCCGUGAUUGCAGCUGGAUGUAACGCAUCUGGAAAGUCGCGCUUGAUGCAUGGAGAAAACUCGAAUGCCUCGAGCGUCGGGAUGGUUGAGCGUUGCCUAAGGGCCGUGUUUGACCUCGUAGACGCCACUGUUGCAGAGGACCCAUCGCGACUAGAGUACAUCGAAGUAAAGAUCAUGUGGGUUCACGAAGGUAUGGACUCCAAGGCGGUAUCAUCUACCUCGAUGUCGGCGUUCCAAGCCGUGCGGAGUGUGGAUGAUGCUAUGCGGCUGUAUGAAGUGCAUCACGGUGCAACAAACUGCCCAGCCUCGUCGCACAGCGUGGUUCUCUGCCGUGUCCACUCAUCCAUUCGCGACAGUGUUGUGGUUGGCACGUUAGCUCUUGUUGAUAUCAGCGGUGCGACCUUCCUUGCACUCGACGACGACGAGUCCCACAAGGACGAUUACUUCCUCCACAGCCAAGCAUUAACAUCUUUACACCGCACUCACAUGGGCACAUCAUUUGCCCCCUGCCUCCUGCUUGGUCUUCGCACGCAUGCUUCGUGCCAACAACAAGUUAUUCAAGCACUACUGUACGGCUGCCGUGUCAAGGACAUGGCUGCAGGGCCCGCUGUAUCCAACGCAGAUACCUUGCGAACGUCGCCUCUUUCAAAAGUCUUGACGUACUUGGCCCCUGCCGCCCCACCAGCAUCGCAGUGCUCGCCAACAUCCAAACGGUUCCUGCACAAUCACUUGCCCAACGUAAUAUGCAGCAGCGGCCGAGCCGUCGCCGAGAAUCCCCACGGCACAAUUAAAACGCAGCAUGACAUCCCUCCGAUGUCUCCUGCCCCAACGACAUCGUCCGAAGAUGAUUGCGAUUCAGACGACGGGGGAAUGCCGGCCGUCCCAUUCACGACGCGCGUCGCUCGGUCAACACAACGGUCGCAGGGCGAUGCGAUCAAGGCGCUGGCGGCCGAGAAGGCGUUGACGGAACGGUGCGCCGUGCGGAUUUCUCAGCUGAACGACAUGAUCAAAUUUCAACGAACUGCGCAUGAAAAGUUGGAGCGGGAAAAGCUAGCGGUGGACCGACGGUUGGCAGAGACGGAAGACAAGCUCCUCGUCGUCCAAGGCAUAGCCGACCAGUUGCAGUCCGACGUGGCAGCGCUCAAGCGCCACGAUGGAUCCAACGACAGCAACAUGAACCUGCUCCAGUUUUCGACGCGACUAAGCAAAGUGAUUGAAGAAACGAAACAAGUCGUGGCCAUGAAGGACCAGUACAUCGCCCAACUCGAGCAGAAAGUUCGUUACGCUGCCAUUCUCGCAUCUCAAAAGACCUCGGAGGUUGAGUCGACUAUACAACGAAAGAUGGCCACUCAACUGGAGGCUGCGACAAUGCAGGUGCUGGAAUUGCAAGCAGAGUGUGAUGCGACCCGUGCCAAGUUGGCUGAUCGCGUUGGUGAGGUCGCGAUGCUCACAUCGAGAGUGGAAGCCACAGCCAAGAGUACAGCGACAUGGAUGGAAGAGACAGAAGCGCAGCACCGGCGAAUCGUUCUUGCACUAGAAGAAAAGGUAGCGGCACAAAGCCAGCUGCUGCAUCAGUUCAAGGAGCAGUGCGAAUAUCACGACGUCAUCGUCGAUGCCGACACGAAGCGGUGGCAAGCCGCCAUCGACGCCAUAACGGUCCAACUUCACGACGAACGCGCUGUCAAACAACAGCAAGUGGAGUCGGCGAACCAGAGAGCGAUGGAAAGCGAACUGUUGUGGAAGGAACAGUUGGAGGCCCUGGAAACCCAGCAUAAAGCUGCCUUUGAACGUGUAGCAAAAGAUGCGGCGACUUGGCAGCAAGAGAGCCGCGAUGCGAUCCAGGCCAAGGAUAUUGCUCAAGGCCAUCUGAACGCUUCAAGACUGGAGGCAGCGCAAUUGCGGCAGGAAGUCGACAAUCUGCGAGCCCAAGUGCAUACAACUCAAGCUCGUCUGGAUGAAAUGCAAUGGCAGUUGGACCACCAAACGACAGCAGUUGACAAAACGACCCAGCAGUCUGAUCCGCCACCAUCCACCUCCACGAACAAUGACAAGGACGCCACGGACACCAUGAUCCAGUCUUUGAUCGCUGAGGUGGAACAAGCGCGAAGGCGGGAAGCGCACCUGACACACGUCCUGUCUCUCGCGAAUCGUCACGAACACGAGGCAAAUGUUCGCCUCGGCCAAAUUCAGAACGAGCUCCAAUCUCGUCGAAAGGAGAACAUCGAGUUGGCAUGGGCGAUUGGCAAACGCGACCACGCGUUACGCAUGUUGGAACAGCGCCACGCGUUCGUGGCCCAAUGCACGUCCGCUGACACGAGUCGGCCCACAUUAUCCUUGUAG